ACAGAAAUUUGCAUCCAAUCGACAAUCCACAUCAUUCUAGCAAGCAGUGUAGUAGAGAAACUCUGCCUUAAUUAUGUUCCACAUCAAAAAAAUAAUAUGCUAUACUACGGGACAUAACUGGUUGUUGGGAACCAGAGCCAAAUCACAUGACCGCACACGACGAACAUCGUCAUGGUGUUGAGGAAUUGAUGAUGUUUCAGCCUAGGUGGCGGCUUCGUCGAGAAGUGGAGCCGACCGGAUGGCCCAGAAGCUGGUGGAACCGUCGGCGGCUUGGCCCCGAUGGCUGCCGAGGGGCAACCAAACUUGGAAAACUUGUGCAGGAGGUCCCAGUCUUGCUCAACAAGGGUGGACGAGCGGAACCGUGCUGAUACGCCGCCCUGGCGACGUUUGGUAUGCGCCGCACCUCGCUGCUUGGAGGGGUUUCGCUGCGGCGUCCAGCUGUCUCGUCGUGUCCGGGCAUGACAUGAUCUUCGCGAGACGGUUUGACUUGUUGACUUGUCUCUCAACGUUUGCUGUGAUGGGGGCGCCGGCUAAGGGUAUCCUUGGUUGCUGGCGCGGCCACCGGUUGCCUGGUGGGCGCACGCACAAAGGAAGUUCUGCACUCUCUGUGGUCCCCGGGCUGCUCCGUAUCUUUGAAAUAAAUGAAAACAAAAGCAGCCAUAGCGACGAUGAUGUUAUGCUGCCAAGAUGCAUUCCGUCGCCCUUCGAGAAUUAGGAAUCGCAUAACAUAACGGGAGGAUGCAGACUAACGGCCUAUCAGACCGCCUGCUGACACCCACUCGUCUACUUGGC